UUUGCUGCAAAAACAAAACGCUGACAGCGUUUCACCCACACGAUUGAGCUGCUGCUCCGCCCAUGUAAACGAAGUGACCCAGGAUUACAUAAAUAAAUACCAGGUUUGUGUGUCCGCACCCUUAGAGGAAUGUGACUGAGUGCGUGGACGUGGCGUGGCAGGAAAAUCCCCGGACAAAGACAGACCGGGCUCAUCCACGUGGAGCCUGCCACGGAGCAAAACCCGCAGCGGGGACCGGAGAGGGGGAGGACGCAGUGCUGCAGAGCCGGCGGGGCGGGGCGGUGCGGUGCGGGGCGGUGCGGGACGGGACAGAGGUGUUCUCCAGAAAUGAACCUUUAACCUGCGGAAAUCAACGCGUCUCUCCUGUCAACACUCCAGCUAUGCAUUCAGGUCUGCUCAUGGGGUACCAGCUGGUCCGGCUGGUCCCACCUGCUCUGUCCCUGUGGUUCCUCAUAAACCUGAGCCUGGCAGCACCAGGUCUCCCUGGGACUCAAAGGGAAGAAUCGGAUCUCCGUCCCCCUCCAGGACUGAUCAAUCCCUUCGGCUCUGGAGCAGAGGAACGCAGGUUGUUGCAGAGCUACAUUCAGCAAAGUCUACGCAACAGCCAGGGAAGUCCUGACAUCACUUCCUGGGAGCAAGAGGUGUUCUUCCUGUUUCGUCUCUACGAUUAUGAUCGCAGCGGAUUCUUGGAUGGCUUGGAGAUCAUGAAGCUGCUCUCUGACUACAUCUCCCAUCAUGCACUAGGACCAGAGGCCAGUGAGCAAGUGGUGUCCAUGGUGGAUUUCUUACUACAAACUCAGGAUCUAAACCAGGAUGGCCUGCUGGACCCUUCAGAGCUGCUGUCGCCUUCAUUUAUUAACACACAGGGCUCAACCAACAACAAAGCACCUCAUCAAGAGCAGGAGUUGACAGAAGAGAACAAGCAAUCAAACACAAUUACUGCGGAGUCGAAUGCAGGAGCGGUGGAGCAGAAAGACGAGCAGCGACUGGACGUAAUGAUGCUUCAGGACGAACCCAUAAAGCAAACAGAGGAACAUCAGGCUCAAGAACUUCCUAAUGCGUUAGCAGAAACCCACCAUGACCCUGUGCAUCAAGGACAACCAGAAAUAUAAAUAUUAACCACUUUACCAUUUAGCCUGCUUUAGAAAAAAACUUUUAAAGAUAAAAGAUGAAUUAUAAAUUUAUCACUGUAAAUUGUGUGUUUUUUAUAUAUAUGAAUCUCUAAGCAUAUUUUAACAAACGGCUGUUAAAAUGCUGGGCCUCUUCAACGGCUUUCUGUCACAUUCUUUCUACGAAUAAAGUGAUUUCCACAGCUUUUACAAAGGUAGGGGUUUUAAAUUAAACUUAUAAUGCUUUCCAUAAAUUAAAAUGUUAUGAUUGGCAGAAAUAUUUCACCAAAGUAGUCUGUUCUGACAUGCUAGAAUACAAUAUAUAUAUAUAUAGAUAGAUAUGUUGUGUAUAUUCUUUCACAUCCUAAAAUGUUGACAAAUAUCCUAUUUCAGAUAAAAUUGAAGUGGUGGUUGAAUGAAUGAAUCCUGGAUUAGUUUGUUUUCAGUCUUUCCUCUGCAUACAACCAAAAACGCAUACACUCAAAGAUUUUAUAUCUUUAUUUUAGACAACUUAACCAAACUGACAAGAGAUGAUUUCUGACCACGCAAACAGGAAAAUAAAAAACAAAAAGCCUUUUUGUCAUGGUCAAUGAGUCACAUUCCCUACAUUAAAACCCACAUCUGAUGGUAUUUGUCAUUGUUUGAACUAUUAUCUAUUUGGUAUUUAACUAUUAUGUUCAAGGAGUGCAAUUAGACUGUUAUUUAUUUACACUGCUUUGAUAUGUAGUUAGCUUAGCAAACCCAGUGUGUUUAGAUACACUGGUGAUGUGCCAUAAAAUAAAUCAACACAAAUUUUCAGAAAAUGCUCAUCUUUGUUAUUACAGUUAAAAUAACAGUAAUUCUUUUUAGCAGUUGAUUCAGAAAUGAUUGUAAAUUGUAAAUCAACUGAAUUUAUUAAUUAUUUACUUACUUUUUGAAUCUAGUUUGAAGGCUUUUGGUUUAAAAAUAAAGAAAAUGUUUCCUUGA